GGCCGGGCCGGGGGGCGGUGCCGGUCCCGGGGCGGUCCCGGGGCGGUCCCGGUUCCUCCCGGCUCGCCCCCGUCACAUGAUCCGGAGCCCUCGGGAAGGGCGGCGGCGAGCGGGACCGGGAGCGCCGGGAGCGCCGGCACCGGCACGGGCGGGCCAUGGCGGUCGAGGGCGGGAUGAAAUGCGUGAAGUUCUUGGUUUUCUUCUUCAACUUCAUCUUCUGGGUGUGCGGCGUGGCCCUGAUCGCCAUCGGGGCGCUGGCGCUGCUGUCGCUGGGCCGGGCGCCGGUGGCGGCCCCGGGCUGGGCCCCGGGGGCCGUGGUGGUGCUGGGGGUCCUCAUCUUCCUCACCGCCUUCUUCGGCUGCUGCGGCGCCUGGAGGGAGAGCUACUGCAUGGUCACCACGUUCGCCGUCCUGCUCAGCCUCAUUUUCCUGGUGGAGGUCGCUGCUGCCAUCGCCGGCUACGUCUUCAAGAACAAGGUGCCCGGGCUGGUGGAGGAGGGGCUGUGGGAGGCCAUGAGGGGCUACGAGCAGGACCCGGUGCUGGCGGCGACCAUGGACACCAUCCAGAAGGAGUUCUCGUGCUGCGGGGUGCACAACUUCACCGAGUGGGCGGGCGUGGGGCGCUUUGGGGACAAUGACACCGUGCCCGCCUCGUGCUGCCGCCACCCCGCCCCCGGCUGCAACCGGCACCCCACCCCCAGAGCGUGUUUCACGGAGGGGUGCCUGCCCAGCCUCGAGGCCUGGGUCCGGGACAGAGUCGUGGUGGUGGCAGCUGUGGCACUGGGGGUGGCCUUCGUCGAGAUCCUGGGCGUUGUCUUCUCCUGCUGCCUCAUGCGGGGGAUCCGCAGUGGCUACGAGGUCAUGUAGCCCCCCCCCCCCCCAAAUCCCUGUCCCCCCGGGGGUCCUGGGGGCUCGGAGGCCCCCCGGGUUUGCAAUAAAGAGGAAAAGCUUCUAGAGA